UCCAUCUAGCUAAUUCAUCACACCAAAGAGCAAAGCUAGCAAACAGUGAUCAAGAAAUCGUAAUGGCGCCCUCACACCGUCGGCCAGCCUCCCUCCUACUCCUCCUUGCGGCCCUCUCAGCCGCGACCUUCCUCGCCGCCCCGGCCGCGGCCACGGGGAAGAGCGGGCAGGUGGCCGUGUUCUGGGGCCGGAACAAGAACGAGGGCACCCUGCGUGAGGCCUGCGACUCCGGCACGUACACCAUCGCCAUCAUCUCCUUCCUCGACGUCUUCGGACACGGCACCCACCACCUCGACCUCUCCGGCCACGACGUCUCCCGCGUAGGCGCCGACAUCAAACACUGCCAGUCCAAGAACAUCCUCGUCUUCCUCUCCAUCGGCGGCUUCGGUAGGCAGUACUUCAUGCCGAGCCCCAGGGCGGCGGCGGCCGUGGCCGACUACCUCUGGAACGCCUUCAUGCUCGGCAGGCGCAAGGGCGUCUACCGCCCCUUCGGCGACGCCUACGUGGACGGCAUCGACUUCUUCAUCGAGAACGGCGCCCCGGACAACUACGAUGAGCUGGCCAGGCGGCUCUGGAACUACAACAAGGCCUACCGCGGAAGGACGCCGGUGCAGCUGACGGCGACGCCGCGCUGCAGGUUCCCGGACCGGAAAUUGGAGCGGGCGCUCGCCACGGGGCUCUUCACACGCAUCUUCGUCAGGUUCUACGACGACCCCCACUGCGCCGCCAACUGGCAGCAGGAGUGGGACAAGUGGACGGCUGCGUUCGGGACGUCCGCGCAGAUCUACUUCGGCCUGCCGGCGUCGGAGAGGAAGGUCGGGUACGUGCACCCGAAGAAUCUGUACUACGGUAUCAUCCCGGUGGUGCAGAAGGCAGCCAACUACGGCGGCAUCAUGGUCUGGGAACGCUUCGACGACAAGCGGACCGGCUACAGCAGCUACGCCAUCCAAUGGGCUUGAGCCUUUCCUUAGCUGCAGGCUGCGGCUGGAUGUAGCGCACCAGGGUUCAUCUUCAUCCACACCGUUUCCAUACGUCUACUAGUACUGCAAUGUAUGUGUGUGUUUGUGUAAAUUUGUUGCAUCCUCCUAUCUAUGUGUGUGUGUGUUUGUGUAAAUUUGUUGUAUCCUCCUAUCUGUGUGUGCGUGCGUGCGUGUGUGUGUUUAUCUUACAAUAACUAGCUAGUGAAAUCAACCGCUCGAUCUUGUGGUAGAAUAAAAACUAUCUGUCUAUGUACUACUCGCUUCAUUCGCUAAUAAAU